UUAUACCGUUUAACACUCUGGGUCCACCUUCAAGACUCUGGGCUGUGGAUCAAGCGAACCACCACUCCUCUUUCAAGUAUCAUUUUGACAGGUUCUUUUGGAGGAGCUCCUUCUUUUUUUAACCCAUCCUUUUAAACAAAAUGGCACCAAAGAAGGACGUGAAGAAACCUGCUGCUGCUGCUGCCCCUGCCCCUGCCCCAGCACCUGCGCCGGCCCCAGCCAAACCCAAAGAAGAAAAAAUCGAUCUCUCUGCCAUUAAGAUCGAGUUCUCUAAGGAACAGCAGGAUGACUUCAAGGAGGCAUUUCUCCUGUUUGACAAAACAGGUGAUAGCAAGAUCACCUUAAGCCAGGUUGGUGAUGUCCUUCGGGCACUGGGCACAAAUCCCACCAAUGCAGAGGUCAAGAAGGUUCUGGGGAACCCCAGCAAUGAAGAGAUGAAUGCCAAGAAAAUCGAGUUUGAACAAUUUCUACCCAUGAUGCAAGCUAUUUCCAACAACAAGGACCAGGGAACCUAUGAAGAUUUUGUUGAGGGUCUGCGUGUCUUUGACAAGGAAGGCAAUGGCACAGUCAUGGGGGCUGAACUCCGCCACGUACUAGCCACCCUGGGUGAAAAGAUGAAAGAGGAAGAAGUAGAAGCCCUGAUGGCAGGUCAAGAAGACUCCAAUGGCUGCAUCAACUAUGAAGCUUUUGUCAAGCACAUCAUGUCUAUCUAAACGGAGCUCUCAAGAACAAGCAUUGUUUAGGAAGACUGGCUCGAGUCCACUUUAAGUAACAUCCAUGACUAACUGUCCAGAUCUCUUUACCAUCAUUCAGAGAAACAAAAACAAUCUGGAUCACUCUAGACUGAAGGACUUUCUGAAUUUUUAUACACCUUAAGUUUUUCUCUGAAAUAUAUUCAUACCACACAAACCAAAUGUCUGUUGCUCUAGACAACAAUAAAAUAAAAUAUUGGCAAUCUCAUAUCAAAGCAAUACUCUUUAUUAUCUACCAUGGGUCAACAGGCAUCCUUAAAAUAUCAUAUCAAUAAACAAUUUUGGUCAGUCUGAAA